CUCCGGACAGAGAGCAUCAUUCCCAUCGCACGCGUCUUCCAAUCUCCUCUCGCGAAACAAACCGUGUUCUUCUUAGUUGCUUUACCACGACCACACCGGUGAAGUUGGCUUCGCUGCGUUAGGGAAUCUCCUUCGUGAUCACACGUUCCCCCGCACCCACCGCGCUUGGAGUUUGCGCCCACUUGGGACUUGGACCGGGAGCCAUGAUCUUCUUUAAGGGGCUGUGCCUAAGCCUCAUGGUCGCCGCGGCCCUGGGCGCGGGCGCUUAUGGCCGUGGAGGAGGCUAUGGUGGAGGCGCUGGUGGUCACCAUGGUGGCGGUGGAGGCGCUGGUGGUCACCAUGGUGGUGGUGGCGCUGGAGGAUUCGGUGGGCAUCAUGGUGGUAGUGGCGGAGCCGGUGGAGCCGGUGGAGCCGGCGGGGCCGGUGGCUUCGGAGGUCACCAUGGUGGUGGCGGAGCAGGCGGAGCAGGCGGUUUCGGAGGCCACCAUGGUGGUGGCGCAGGAGGCGGAGGUCUUGGCGGUGGUCUCGGCGGUGGUCUCGGUGGUGGCGGAUUUGGUGGACAAUAUGGUGGUGCAGGAGGUGCCGGAGGCGCAGGUGGCUACGGUGGUUCCCGCGGCGGCGGCGGCGGCGGUGGAUAUGGUGGAGGAGCCGGUGGAGGUUACGGAGGUGGAUCUGGCGGCUACGGAGGUGGUGGUGACUACGGACAGCCAACUCCAUACAACUUCGGCUACGACGUCAAGGACGAGUACGGCAACAGCCAGAACCGCCAGGAGAGUGGAGACGGCAGCGGCACCGUCAAGGGUAGCUACGGCUACACCGACACCAACGGCAUCUACCGCCAAGUUAGUUACGUCGCCGACCAGAACGGAUUCCGCGCCGUCGUCAAGACUAACGAGCCGGGAGUGGGACCAGCCAGUCCUGCCGAUGCCGAGUUCAUCGUCGAGGCACCACCCGCCGGCGUCGUCAGCCAGUACGCCGGAGCCCGCGGCGGCGGAGGAUACGGCGGUGCAAGCGGAGCAGGCGGAUACGGCGGUGCAGGCGGAGCAGGCGGAUACGGCGGUGCAGGCGGAGCAGGCGGAUUCGGUGGCACCGGUGGAGCAGGCGGAGCAGGCGGCUACGGAGGAGGACACCACGGUGGCGCCGGCGGAUUCGGAGGAGGCCACCACGGGGGUGCCGCUGGCGGCGCUGGAGGCCACCACGGAGGAACUGGUGGAGGCGCUGGCGGGUUCGGAGGCGGUGCCGGUAAAUACGGCGGUGGCGCCGGAGGCUACGGUGGCGGUACUGGUGGAUACGGAGGAGGCGGGGCUGGUAAAUACGGUGGCAGCACUGGUGGAUACGGCGGUGGAGCAGGUGGCGCCGGAGGCGGCAGCGGCCCCUGGAAGUACUAGUGGAUCUUCGUACAUUCCUACCACGCCACACAAGGAGCUUUUUGACACCCUAAAGGGUGCGACCUGUGACCCUCAACCGGAACUAGAGCACCUCUGACACUAUGUUUUGUGACGUAUUUAAUAACAAAAGAGAGGUAGGGAGGACAUUCUACUCCGAUGCCACUAACGCCAUUGUCUCUUGUUGAAUCUGAAGGAGAAAAUGAGUUAUACUCUUAUGUUUUCGAAAGUCAUUGUAGAAACGCACAAUUACUCGAUAUGUUAUGGCGAACAAGACGAUGACUGACAUACAUGGGUAUGGUUGAUGUCUUCUGAGUGCGUAGUGGUUUCCUAGAGAACAACAGUCGUAGGGUGCUAACGCAUACUUUUGGGAACAGAAAAAGUUUACCGUGUUGGCGCGCCGUAGAUAACAACGAGCUGAGGGGCUUUCGCUUCAGGCCUUCACCGAUUCUCGAGGGCUUCGCACUUGUAUACAUAUGUAUGUAUUGUGUGUCGUGUUAGGUGCAUGUGGAGGGGUGAGCUACCGCUUUGUUGUACUGUGAUUUUUCAUAUAACGAACAGUGACGCAUAGGAUGAUGCUUUCUACACGUCUAAGUCUUAACAGGAGCUUCCGCAAGCAUGCCCGUCGCUCGGUCGAGCUGGCUCCCGAGAAGGAAAUUAGAGUUUCCAUCGGGUCAGUUCUGGGCGUGCAAUGGGAAUCAGCCUGCACUGUUGUUUGUCUCUUCCGGGUAACGACAGCGAGGCAUUACACUGCCUUCAUCGUUGUUUGUUUGUGGGUGUGUGUUGGGCGAUUCUUUUCUCUUGUGUGUUUGGUAGUUUUCGGGAAGUAAGCUUUGUUUUUCCUGUUGACCCAUCACUGUGUUUUUCAUUGUGCAUUACUGUGGUGCGGUUACUGCCUAUAAACAUGAGUGCUGUUCUUAGCGUUUGCCUAUCCUUCUGUGCUGUACCGUUAGGGAAAAUGUACAUGUUUUGCGUUGUUUGUUCGUUUUGAUGAUAUUGCCCGUAGUUUUAGGCGCUUGCGUCAAUGGGCAAGGGUGUGGCAUCUGUUAUCAGUUCAAUACUCAAUGUUCGUAUACAAGACGGGGAGGCCCACUGUGGACAGGGGAAAUGCCAAACUGUGUUCUGUGACAGCGCAUUGUAUUUCCUCUUCUGUACAUGAGUGAAUGUUCUGCAAAUGAGAUUUGUGACUGUUUCUUACUGCGCUGAGUGGUUGGGUCAUGUAUCUGAGUUCUCAGAUGUGCCUAGAAUCUUGUGCAAUAAAUAUUAUUUAUGUACAUUA